AUGUCUCCGAUCCCGCCCCUCAAUAGGCCAAACCACCUUGUCACUCGGACACAGGGUUUCUGGAGUGGGCCUGAAUUUGCUGGGCCUCCUCUAAUUGGGCUGGGUUUGGGAUGUUACAACAACAGUGCUACAUACUCUUUUCUUUUGGAUAAUCUCGUAAGGCACAAGAAGUUUCAAGCCGUUGAUGCGAUUCUUAACCAGAUGAAGUAUGAGACUUGCAGGUUCCAGGAAGGUGUGUUCCUCAACCUAAUGAGACAUUACUCCAGGUUCGAUUUGCAUGAUAAAGUCAUGGAGAUGUUUAACUUGAUCCAAGUGAUUGCUCGUAUGAAGCUUUCUCUUAAUGCCAUAACUACUUGUCUCAACCUACUUAUCGAUUCAUGGGAGGUCGAGUUGGCGAGGGAGCUCCUCUUGUAUGCUAAAAAUCAUCUUGGAUUGCACCCAAAUACUUGCACGUUCAACAUUCUAGUGAAGCACCACUGCAAGAACGGUGAUGUCGACUCUGCAUUUCGAGUUGUGGAGGAGAUGAAAAGAUCUGAAAUCUCGUAUCCCAAUUUGAUCACUUACUCAACGCUAAUGGAAUGUCUGUUUGCACACUCGAGGUCGAAAAAAGCCAUGGCAUUGUUCGAAGAUAUGAUCUCGAAAGAAGGGAUUUCGCCGGAUCCCAUGACUUUCAACGUUAUGAUUAACGGGGUAUGUCGUGCAAGGCAAGUUCAAAAAGCCAAGAUGAUUAUAGAAUUCAUGAAGAAGAAUGGAUGCAACCUCAACAUGUUCAAUUACUCGGCUCUAAUGAAUGGGUUUGCAUGA